GCACUUUUUUCCUGUUCAUGUUUUCGAUUUUUGCGUAUCGAAUCGUGUAUAUAUUUCAUUCACAAUAUGUAUAUCAUGUAUAAAAAUAUCGUAAAAAGGGGAUACAUACAAAUGGCACGUAAAUUGCAUCCCUCAUUUUACACGUAUAUUCAUUAUUAUUCGUUAUUUUUACUUAUUACUAUCAUCACCAUAUUUUCCCACUCCCAUUUUCGUACAAAGCGCGCAUUGUACAAAUGUUGAUUUCGCGUCGGUAAUUCAGUGCGCAUUUAUACGCGCGAGUGUGCGUAAAUUAUUCAAACACAAUCUCCCGAUAAAGAAAAGAACCGGAGCGUUUCAUCGAUGCCGAGAUCUCAAUCGUCGCCCUUGUUAUCAGCGACUUCGAUGAGAUCUGUCGGAAUGAUUAGAUUAGUCUCGCGUUCGACGAGGAGAUCACGCGCGGAGGCGUUCAAUCUCGACGUUACGUAAGUGAAAUCAGGAAGCAACAUGGUUUCGGGAGAUUUACGAGGGGAUGCGUAGCGCAUUCGCGGCGUCGACUGCGUCUACGAGAACCCGCGAUCGUAGUUCGCAUCCUGCGGCUAAUCAUGAAAGAUUUACUACGCGUUGUAGCCUCCGACGGAGGCAGCCCUGUGUAAGACGAUACCUCCUCGGCUAAGAAGGCACGCGAGAUUCGAGUGCAAUUACAAGAGGGAGAGAGAGGCGGUGGCGCGUACCUCCCUUCUUACUCUUACCCGCCCUUUUUCUUACAAGCACGCGAUCCUCGUUAUCCUCCGCUAUAAAUCGCACGUCGUGAUAUUUUUAUUUACGCCCGCUCUCUAAUCCCCUUUAUACCAUAUGGCCCGCUCCUCUCUCUCUCUCUCUCUCUCUUUGUUCCGUCGGUAUAUAACCGAACAGCUCUCUCGGCUCUUAUCGAGCGACCGCUUAUCAAGCCCCCGUCUCGCGGCGCUUGCGUCGAUCGUUGUUGGGAAAGGUUCGAGUCCCCGAAGGCGACCGGUAUACUGGGUGUCCUCGAGCCAACCAGCGAAUUCUAUUUUGUGAAUUCGAAUUGGAUCUUUCUCCAGUCGGAACCACAACGGUACAUUAUAUGGCACUCGUCGCGUUUGUUUCGCAACAUAUCUACGGUUGAAUCUCAACGAUGGAAUCUGAAAUUAUUCUACCCAAAGAGCAUAGUCCAGAGAGCAGAUGAGAGAGCUGAGAGACUGUUAUUUCACAAAGUCCACUUUAGACGACCUAUGAUCCAUGAGAGAGUUCGAGGUGGUGUUUCAUCCGUAAUUUUAUGUGUCGAGUUGCGUCAUACACGUAUGAUUAUACGCGACGAUGAUUCACAAGUGAAAAACUUAAAUUCUAAACUCAGAUCUGAGUAUCUCACGCGCGAUAAGCUUUAAUUAACGACUGCAGCACGGAAUAAGAAGGUAGAAAGAUAUCGAAUGAAAGCAGAGAGUAAAGUUUCGCUGCAAAUUGUAUCGUGAAUUAUAAAUUAAUAUAGAUUGUCCGAAAUUAUAAUAAUUACAAGAUUAAAACGCGUCGGAAAUUAUAGGUCGUCUAAAAUGGAGCCUGUAUUUGUAAGCCGCUUCUUUUUAUACCUUUGUUUCGCGCAACUAUCGUCUCGUUUACGACCAUUCCCUUUAUCAGAACGAAGGACGAACAUCGUUCACACGACCGCCCAAGCGCGCGUGCUUCGUUUUCGAAUCGCUGCAAUCAUUUCGACCUAUUCCGAAAUGGAACUAUCCGCGGAGCUACGGUCGGGACCUAUCGAUUAUCGAUAUUAAAUGAUUCCGCUCGAAACACCGAGGGAUGCAGUCGUAUUCGGCACCCUGUGUAGAAAGGGAGGGUUGGAGGAAAAGGGGGAUGAUGGUUUCGGUGCGGCCGCGAUGGCGACGUCGUCGCGAGAGCGCCUGCGUGAGCGCGGCCGACGCAACGACACGGCGAGGUCGACGACGACGACGGCGAGCGAGGUCGAGAACAACAGCAGGUCGGUGGCUGAACGAAGAUCGCCGAGCGCGCGCGGUUCCACGACGCCUAUCCUCCGACGGGCUGUGGCAUGCUCCGACGCGGCCGCAGUGUUCCAAAAGUCGGCACGACGCACGCACGAAUCGCGGCGCGCGCGCGCGCCACACACGACGAAGCCGCCUCGUCGAAACGCGCUCUGCUGGUUAUCCGGGCCUCCUCCUCCACCUCCCCUUUGCAGCUUCCUCGUCUCCCUCUACCGUUCGAGUUGGAGCACGACGACCGACGGAGGCGCGAGGGCGUACGCGCGGCGGCGAGAACUGACAGACGGACGAAAGCCACCGAGGGAAGUAGGGAAAAUAUGCCAACGGAGCGGGUGGCGGACCGUCGUACCUCGUAGAGGAGGGGGUAGCCUCGGACGUCGUGCACACGGCAGUAACGAGACCCGGCGCUCGGGCGAGCGAUCGAACGAACGCGGGGGAGGCAGCCAGGAGCGCCGCGCGACCGACGAUGACAACGCGCGUCGCCGAGUGAGGAGCUGGCUGCGAGCUCUCCGACACGGCCAAGAGGAUGCCACGGGGACGUACCGGGGCGACGCGGCGUUAGCGGGAUCCAGAAGAGAGAGAGAGAGAGAGAGAGGAGGAGAGUGCAGGGCUAGAACGUGGUGACGCGUCGACGAGAUUAAGGGGAAAGGAGGAUCAUCGCGCGGCGUGGUUUCCGGGACCUCUCGCCGUGGGUGUUUUUACGCGUGGAUCGAUAGUUGGUGCCGGACAGAAACGACGAGCACGCUACGUGGACUGCGAUCCUCUCACUACGGAAGGGAGAAGUAAGUUUCCUGAGGGGCCUAGCUGCUGCAGCGUCGGUUAUCGCGCGACGCUCGGACGCUCGGAAACCCCGGGUGAUUUAUGGGGGACUUCAGCACGGCGAGCCUGUUCGCGAGUACCUUGACCAGCCCGAAGCUCAGCGCGACGAUUAGCGGCAACAACAACAUAACGACAUCAUCCACGAUGCAGGACGAUCUGCUGAUCGAGAAGCAAGCGGCCGGCAAACCAGCUCCGCUCUCGCCGAGCAGCGCGCUCGACACCGUGGCCGGGCAGGAUAAGUCGAAGGACGCGGUCGAGGUGGAGAGCAUCGCCAUUACACCGACGACGCCGUCCUCCGCGGAGAAGGACAUCACGUGCAGCACGUCCUCGGCGCUGCAGGGCUUCGCCGACCCCGGCAGAGUGCCCAGCCUCUGGUCCGCGCCGGACGACAGCGGGCUGCACGCCUUGCCGGUGAACGGCUCGAUCGCCGCCUUUCAAAAUUUCCCGACCGGCGGACCGGCGGGCCUCUUCGCCAGCAGCGGCGCCGCCGCGGUCUCCAGCGGCACUCGCCGCGCUAUCACAGCCAGUCACAACUUUCCGCAGCAGCAACAGCAGCAGCACGGCAACACCGGCGCGCCCGCUGGCACCAGGCACGGCGGCCUCCCGUCCGCGCAGCAGCACCAGCAGCAGCAACCGCCGCCGACGUCUCAUCCGGGUGUCUACCUGCCGGGCAAAGGCUACGCGGCGUGGUCGGGCGGGCCGCAGGCGCCUCAGCAAUGGGGCGCGGGCCCACAGGCCGCCGCCGCGGUCGCCAGUCCGGCCGGCCUGUCGCCCUGGAGCCGCGGCAGAUCCGUGCCGAAUCUACCGCCGCUGCACUCCUCCCUGCACGCCGCCGCCGCGGUCGCGGCCGGACUUCAGGGUCGCAAGCCGAGCCCGACGUUUCCGGGUCACCCUGGUCAGGCGGCGCAUCCUUCCUGUAUCAGUCCGGUCAAGUUCCGCCGGAGCACCUCGUAUCCUGGCAAGGGGAACAUCUACCCGCCUCAGCCGGCCCCCACCUUCGAAGUCACCGCAGCCGAGGAGAGAGACCUGCUGCAGUUGCCGCCGUUCCAGCAGGAUCGUAUGACGGCUAAUGGAAACUCACCAUUGGACAACAUGAGGACCUUGGAACACUAUUUGAGCGACAUUAUGCGAGCUGGCGCGGCGGACACCCAGGAACAUCUGAAAGGAUUCAUAAACUGCAACGCCAACACACUGCAGUCGCUCGCGCAGCUACACGGUAAAUCUCCGUUCUUCCCGGGUCUCGAGGAACCUAACGCUACCUUGCUGGAAGACCCGAAUGCGCCGAGCCAGCUGGACGGUGUCGGCGUCGGCGUCGGAGUCGGCGUCGGCGUGGGUGGCGGCAUAACCGCGUCCCAAGCGGCGCCGCUCUCAUCACCGAGUCGGAGCAGCCCACACAGCCAGGGUAGCGAAACUGGCGAACGUUUCUCCAGGAAAGUCUUCGUCGGCGGGCUGCCACCUGACAUCGACGAAGACGAAAUCACAGCCAGUUUUCGCCGAUUCGGUCCCCUGGUUGUGGAUUGGCCGCACAAGGCAGAAAGCAAAUCCUACUUCCCGCCGAAGGGUUACGCGUUUCUGCUUUUCCAGGACGAAGGCUCGGUGCAGCAGUUGAUAGAUGCCUGCAUCCAGGACGAAGACAAGCUCUAUUUGUGCGUAAGCUCGCCCACGAUCAAGGAUAAGCCUGUGCAGAUUAGACCAUGGCGGCUUAGCGACGCUGAUUUUGUGUUGGACGCAUCCAUGCCGCUGGACCCGCGUAAGACUGUCUUCGUUGGCGGCGUGCCUCGACCGCUCAAGGCCGUGGAGCUCGCCAUGAUCAUGGACCGGCUCUACGGCGGUGUCUGUUAUGCCGGUAUCGACACAGAUCCCGAACUCAAGUAUCCCAAAGGAGCCGGAAGAGUCGCCUUCAGUAAUCAGCAAAGCUACAUAGCUGCCAUUUCAGCCCGAUUCGUACAGUUGCAGCAUGGCGACAUUGAUAAAAGGGUCGAAGUCAAACCGUACGUUCUGGACGAUCAGAUGUGUGACGAGUGUCAAGGUCAGCGUUGCGGUGGCAAGUUCGCACCGUUCUUCUGCGCCAACGUCACCUGCCUACAGUACUAUUGCGAACACUGCUGGGCGACUAUCCACUCCCGGCCAGGUCGGGAGUUCCACAAGCCACUGGUGAAGGAGGGCGCGGAUCGGCCUCGGGCCGUACCUUUCCGCUGGUGUUAACCCCAGCUGCGUUGUCCCUAAUUAUCUCGCAGCCCUAGCUAAUUAACUACCACCUCUAUACCAAUACCCUCCCCCUUCCCCUCACGUGCCCUCAAAAUCCUCACCCCACCACCCACUCUUAUUACUUACUUACUUACCUACAACAACAAGAACACAGCCUCAAAACCGCUAUUAAUACUACUACCACUCGAUCGUCACUACUACCACUACUCUACUAUUACCACUAUUAUUACUACUCUACUACUACUAUUA